CUGAAAUAUAAGAGCCCUUCAUGGUCCUCCUACAUGCUCUGUGUUUAACUCCCAACACAGACAGUAUAUGACAAAACAGCAAGAGACCCAGCUGUUUGAGGUCUAAAGGAAACAGAGUAAUCUUCUUGGCUGCCUACUGCAGAACCAAGGAAUCCCAUAGGAGACAAAACAGAUCUGGCAGGCUAUGCUUGUUUCUCUAGGAUCCCUUUCUCUGAAAAUCUACAAUCUUUCCUCAUCCUGUCCAAGCAUCAGAAGAGGCAACUGGUAGAAAAAUGUGAGUAUCUGAGUAACUUACAUUCUCUAGCUCUCUAAUAUAUGAAACUUGAUGAUUUAAAAAGUUGUUCACAGCAAUAUCAAAGAUAUUCUCACUCACAGCUGUCAUAAUGAGAGAACAUAAUGGAGAAUUUCAGGUUCCUCUCCUCCCUAUAGUUCUGUAUGUACCGUAUGAAAGUUAAGAUUUCGCUAUAUGGCCAAAGAAAGGAACUCACAUGGGGAAUAAAGAAUGGAUGCACAUUUUAAACUUGGGAGAACUAACCGGUAUUAAGAUUUGCUGAGAGAUUAUGUGGGUGGUAGUAGUUCUAACAGAAGUUGCAGUUUGCCUACUGGCUAGCAGGUCAUACGUUGUCAAUGUUGUGAAAUUUGGGUUACCUGAAAAUUAUGAAUCAUACUUAUUCCUAUUAUUAAAUGUUCUAUGUUGCCUCUGUGUGUGUGUGUGUGUGUGUGUGUGUGUAAUUUUUCAAAAAAGUCUCCAUAUACUAUUUUGUGCUGCCAAUAUAACAGCAAAAUUAACGAAGCAAAUUCAAGCAAACUCAGUUACUUGUACCAAAAAAGAAAAAAACUGAAACAGUUGUUUGGAGGGGUGGUGUGUCUGCUAAAUGGUAUAAUUCUUAGAGUAAUUAAAGUAAGUUAAAGUAAUUAUAUUUACAGUUCACCUGCCAUUUUCUCCAGCCUACCCUUCCAUUCAACAUAUCUGUUAUGCAAAGAAAUAUUAUGACGUUUUUCUCAGAUUCAAGUCCUCCAUGCGCUCCAUGGGGCUUAGUCCCACAUAAAUGUGCAAAAUAAUGUAGCCUCCUAGGCUAUUGUCAGUGAAAACACAUAAUAAAGCUACAGUCCUAAAUACACUAUCUGGAAGAAACUUCCAUUCAAAUGGAAUGGUACAUCAAUGUGUUUAAUCAGAUUUAUAAGGCAUGUUUCAUUCCUUGUUACUCAGCUCUUUUCUAUUGUACUUUCCACCCUUACUUUUUCUGGCCGCAUGAGCCUUUAAAUCAGUGCUGGCCACCCAUAGUAUUUUGAUCCUUUUGAUCAGUUUGUGCUUAUGACUGUGGAUGUGCUAGUGGUGAGAGAGGUCUGACACAGGAGUCUCACCUCCACCCCAUACAGUGGCAAGCUCAGCCACCAUCACUAUUCCUAAUGCCCUUAUUUCCCCAACAUUACCCCACCCCGAAUCAGCAAAUUCCCUCACAUUAGAGUCAAUGGGGAAGGGGGAAAUGGUUCAUUCCAACCUGGUUGCAAUGAGUCAGCAGGGCUUUCAAUGUGGCAAUUUCUUCACCAUGUAUGUGUUCUCAUUCUCAUUGCCCCUCUCAUUUAUGUGUGUAUAUGUGUGUGUCAUACACACACACACACACACACACACACACACAAUUGCUAUGCCCAUCUUGUAUCAGUAAACAUACAAAGGAAACUUUCCUAUAACUGAAGGUCAUUUUAUACUGUACUAUUUAAUAUCCCAUACUCAUUUUGCAUUAGGAAUCUGUCUAAAACUAUCAAUUAGGAUGGUGAAGCAUUGGAACUGAUGCCCCGCAAUAUUUUUUCUUCAGUCUUCCUUGUUUUAACAACGUAUUUUCCCCCAGCUGUUCACAUACUUUCACUGAAAAGAAGACCAUUUUCUCACAUCUGGUCUGUUCCCAUCUGAUGUUCGUUCUCGUAUUUUUCGUCAUACCAUACGAUUGCUUGACAUUUCUUAACAUAUCUCCCCCCCGCCCCCGAGCUGGCUGGAACAAAUAUAUCCAUAAAUCUGUUAACACAUUGCUAAGAAUUUCAUUUUGCUGCCAUGCAGGUCACUAGGAUUGAGGCUGCGUAAUCUGUAGAAAUUUAAAGAAAAUGUUUGCUUUGUGACAUUGACCUAAGGAAAAAGCAAGCUUGUUUGAAGAUGGCUCUGAUCGUCAGUGACCUAUGCAAUACUCAGUCUCCCAAUUUGAGGGUCCCAACUGCUCUGUGUGUUUUGUGUGUGUGCACAGAACUCUUGAGCACCCAAGCAUUCCCAUUCACUUAACUGGGAAGGGACAGUUCUAUGAAUGCAUCCAUUUGCCAGCUAGAGACUCUGCCUCUCACACUGAAGUGACUGGGGAAAUCCUGGUUGCUCUAUAGGCUUCAGAGCCUCUAUGCUUGUAUGCAAUAUUCCUGUGAUAUGCAGACUUUUAAUGUAUGAUUCUUCAAGAUUCUUCUAUCAAGACUAAACUCAUGGGGGAAGACAACAACAUGAAAAAGUAACGAUGCCAGCAUAGUUAACAGUCAGCUAUCAGCUAUUAGAGGCAAGAAGCCUGCCAGAUGAAAAGAACAGCGUCUACCUGAGAGUUCUCAGAGAACUCAAAUGUGAAAUUGCUGAUCUUCUAGCAAAAAUAUGUAGUGCUACUCAGGUCACUCUCCAUCUCUGAGGACUGAAAAGUAACCAAUGUAACACCAAUUUUUAAAAAAGGAUCCAAGGGGGUUCCUGGAAAUUACAGGCUGGUGGAAUAUAAUAUUAAAAAUAAAAUAUGCAGGCGUAUAAGUAUUUAUUUGUUUAGAUGCCACCCAUCUGACUGAGUUACUCCAGCUACUCUGGGUGGCUUCCAACCAUUAUAAAACCACAGUAAAACAUAUAUAAAAUAUAUAGAAGAACAAGCCUUGCUGAAGCAAAGCCAGCAUGGUUUCUUCAAGGGUAAUUCUUUCUCAUAUAACCUAUUAGAGGUCUUUGAGAGUGUCAGCAAGCAUAUAGAUAUUGGUGAUCUGGUUGACGUAGUGUAACUGGACUUUCAAAAAUCUAGGGUUCUGUUUUUCUUUACAAAACUAGGUCAAGUAUUAAUAGAGUGGGAAAGAAGACCACCAAGCAAUCUUUUAAGGGCUUUACACUAUUUGGUAUAUUAUGCUCUAUUUUUGUAAGGUUUUAUUAGGUCACCCAAAAUGAUUGGUUCAUCUCAAAAAUAUUUUUUAAAAGCAGCAGUCUAUUUUUAACAAUUUGUAAGGUAAAGGUAAAGGGACCCCUGACCGUUAGGUCCAGUUGUGACCGACUCUGGGGUUUUGGUGCUCAUCUCGCUUUAUUGGCCGAGGGAGCCAGCGUACAGUUUCUGGGUCAUGUGGCCAGCAUGACUAAGCCGCUUCUGGCGAACCAGAGCAGCGCACGGAAACGCCAUUUACCUUCCUGCCGGAGCAGUACCUAUUUAUCUACUUGCACUUUGACCUGCUUUCAAACUGCUAGGUUGGCAGGAGCAGGGACCAAACAAUGGGAGCUCCCUCCGUUGCAGGGAUUCGAACUGCCGACCUUCUGAUCGGCAAGCCCUAGGCUCUGUGCUUUAGACCACAGCGCCACCCACAUCCCUUUCAACAAUUUGUAAGUUUUGUUAAAAUGGGGUUAUUAGGCUUUAAAGAUCAAAGGCAUGAAAGAGAACAGACACUUGGAAAUGGAUUAGAAUUGUCACAGAGCAGGAAGGAUCAAGGACGCUCGACACAGCCACCUUACUGCUGCAGCAUCCUAUGGAUUUGGAACAUCUAAAUCAUGGCAGCAGAUGCUAGGAGGGGGCUGCAUUCUAGUAGGUUGCUUUGUUAACAUGGCAAUUCUAGAUCUGAUAUAAAAUGUUAGAAAGGCUGAGAACAAUUGAUCAGAUGGGCUACUGACCCAGAAUAAUAUUUAUAGCCACUGGUUCUACACAUGUGUAAGCAACAAUUCAGUGACUCACUGUACGUUCGCUGUGUUUGGAAAUAAGGCAGACAAUGAAAGAACCAGACAACCUUUGUAGUCCAUUAAUGUGCGUAGCGCCAGGUCUUUGGAGUCUUUCUUUAUCUGAUUUACUCAAACACAAAAUAUAGCUUCCAGCAAAAUUAAAGUUAACAUGUUUCUCUAGAGAUUAAGAUCAAAGCAGUGGAAAAGAUUCUAUUUCAACAGCAUGAUGUUCGCUCCCUUAUCUAUAAACUGGGGGUUGGGGGUCAGAAGACAGCAAGUGUAGGGAGAUGUCUGUUAAUCAUUUUGAUGUGUUGUCUUAGAGAUUGUCCACACUUCCACUUGUUUCGUUUUUUCUUCCGCUUGUUCCGUGCUUUUUAGGCACAGGUCUGAGAGGUUUUUCAUUUGCCCCACCACUUUCCCCAAGGAAACUCACUGUUUACUGCUAAAUCGGAGCAAAUGUCAAUCCGAAAAGUCAUACUUGCGACAGUUAGGCAGAAAGCAGAGGGUUUUCUCAGGACAAGCUGCAGGGCAAACAAACAAACGCUCACACCUGUGCCUAGAAAGCAUGGGAAAAGCAGAAGUGUUGAUGAGUCCUUCAAAUCUUAUACCACAGAGCCUUUAAUGAGUCACUCACUACUCCCUGUUUUCUCUUGAGUCUCACAAAGGUUCAGGGAAAGGUACAAGAUUGGGCCACUCCGCAGGGGUGCCAUUUUAGAUUACAGUAAUAGAGUGGACAGAGCUGCAGCAGGGCACUCCUUACAGGGCAGACACAAGCAGCAUUCCGUGUUUCCCAUUGCUUAUGUAGUCAAAACAGCCUCACACACUCAAGGGUGCAGGGAGGUAUUUAUCAGACCUAAGAGAGAGCCUUUAGGUUUGCAUCAAAACAAACAAAAACUAGGGAGGAAUCAGGGGAGAAUUCACCACCACCACGACCCCACCUAAGUAUACAACUAGUGUGCUCCUAGUUGUAAACCUUACAACAAAUUUGUAAGUGAAGUCUUCCAGAGAGGAGGACUGGGGUUGAAAGGAAGUGGCUUUCCUAGCUAACCAGUGAGUCCAUGGAAGAGACAAGAUUGGAACUGAGGAGCUUCUGGUUCAUAACACAGCCUCUUAGCCAGUAUGCUCCAUCAAUUUCAUAUGACCUACUUUCUUCCCUUUUCCUUUUUAAAACCAGGACCAUUAGUUCUCCUCACUUGGUAUUGUCUAUGCUGAUUGACAAGGGGCUCAGUUAGCAGUUUUUCCAAGCCCUUGCUGCAAAUGCUGGGUAUUGAACCAAAGAUCUUAUGCACACAGUACCUAACAGUGUAAACUCUUAAGAUGAUCUUCCUCAGGGGCAAUAGUUUAAUAUUCCACCACUUUGGUCCCUCAACUAACUUGAGUGCUAGUUUGUGUUCCCCAUUCGAACAUCUAUCUACCCCCCUCUUUUGUAUGACUUAAAAGCAAAUAGGCAAUAGUUUUGAGCAUAAGAUGCUCACUCAUUUCUGGGAUUGCUUUGAUGGAUUGUAUUGUCGGUCAUUUUAGAUAGCAGGCCAUUUGACACAGUUGUAGACACAGCAAAUCACUUUGACACGAAGUUUUGUAGUAUGCAGAGACAAGGAAUUUUCCACUGCUUGUGCCAAAUAAAGUAGUCACUAUUUUUGGUCUGAGAUCAGCAUUCCAUCCUCCUCCUCUUCUUAUACUCCUCCUCUCUGACAUUCCACAAACCCUGAGGGAAUACAAUUAAAAACUCAAGAGUUCUCAGCCAUCCACUCAUUUUUAGCAGGAGAGUCUAAUAUAUUAGUUACAUGUUCUCAUAUCUGUGUGUGUGAACUGAGGGCUAGAUAAUAGUUGGUAUUUCAUAAACCAUUCUAUUCCCAAACCAGCUCAACACAGGAAAAGUGGGUGGAAUAAUCCAAGCAUUAUAUAAUUCAGAAGUUUUUCUCAGCAUUAAAAAUCAUUUACAAACCCAUGCUGGUACAUAUUGAUUUUGCCCAUAGCAUUCCAACUUCCACCACCCACCAAAAGGCUCUUUUGCAUAUGCCCUACUGAAAUGAGUGGGAUCUCCAAUGAGGCAGCUUUCGCCCAGCUUGUGCCUUCUGGAUGUUUUGGACUCCCAACUCCCAUCAGCCACAGCUGUUGGGAAAUGGAGUCCAAAACAUCCAGAAGGCAUCAGGUCAGUGAAGGCUAAAAUAAGGUAUGUGGGGGGGAGGAAGCCUAGUGGAUUGUGCGAGGUGGGUCAGAUUUAUCUUGGCUACGGCUCUGCUCAUUUUGAUCCUUCAAGGUUUUCUUCUCAUGAAUUACUCUGAUUUAUUUGCUUAGUGGACUGGAAAGGGUUGUGUGCAUGAUUAAAAAACAAAAACAGCAGCUUCUGGGAGCCAGACAUCAUGAAGGGUAAUCCUUGAAGGAGGGGUUCCCUUGGCAAAUGGUCACCAAUCACCUAUUGGUAGAAAAUCCUCACCUCCUUUUUCCAAAGCACCAACCACUUGUCUGCUGCAUCCAGGGUGUUGCUAAUGUAUAGCACCAUGUUCCCAGAUUGAUGCUAUGUGUGAGGGUAUGUGAAUCAUAGCAGCUGUAGCUACAUGGUUGUGCUUGGAACAAGGGAUGCAUCCACAUGGUGACAAGAUAGUACACUAGUGCCAUAUCUAGGGCAGAGUGAGGCAGUCACCUCAAGCAGGUGACUUGGGGUGUCAUGAACAGGCAGCAAAUUGUUAGGUUUUAAUUUGUUGUCGCAUUUUUACUGCCAGGGACAGGCCUAUGGGUGCCAGCAUCGCUUGAAUGGACCUGGGCACAUUGAUUUGUAGGGGACCAGAGGUGCCCAAGACAUUUUGCUGCCUGAGGUGGAACAGAAAAUGAUGUCCACCUCUCCAGUCUAAGUACAUGGUUCCCAAGGCUCUCACUCCUCCUCUUUGGAAGUAAAACAUACUGUAACUAAAAGCUAAGUCAUGGACACAUUGCUGCCCUUCAUGAUACAGAAAAUUAGUCAUCUGCCUCUGCCUAACUGUAGAGUCAGUCCUGUUGGGGAGAUGUGAUUUGAGGUUCCAUCUGAGGAAGCAAAUUAUCUUGGAUUGGCCCUCUUCCUUUCCAUUUUGUUCUAUACUGGUCAGCACUAAUUUCUUGUUUUCUAGUACCCACAAAGGGGCUCAUUUUUUAAGUAUGCAAGCUACUUUACACACAUUUUCUCCUAACUUUUCAUCCCUAUAUUUUCUUACUCUUCAACCAGUCUCACAACUGGGGCAGCAUGCAUAGAGUCCUUUCAAAGUCUGGUAUUCAGCUCAGAGUAGAGCCACUGAAAUUAAUUUAGGCAUAUUCAUUCCAGUGGUACUACUCUGGGUAAAACUGAGUUGAAUUCCCAUCAAUGUGAUUAAAAUUCUGUCAAGCACUCAUUUAGGAACAGGGAGCUGAAUUCAGUUCCCUUUCCUUCUUUCCAACCAAACACCUGAUCAGCUGAUUUAAAAAUAAAAAUCUAUGCAUGUUGCUUUGGAGCCACCAUUGUGGCUCAGGACCAGAUCUGAGGAAUUGGAGAGCUCUGAUUCUGAAGUCUCUUUCCACCAUUUGGGGAAGGAAAUCUCAUGAAGCAGGAAGCCUCUAAAAACCAGUUGGUGGGAAUCAUGUGGAGAGACUACUAUUGUACUAAGAUCUGCUUUCAGACUUUCCAUGAUCAUCUGGCUGGACUAGGUUGGUCUUCAGCUUGAUCCAGCAGGGGUCUUCUUAAGCUCUUUCAUUAUGCUGUGUUGUUUUUUAACAAAACAAAAUGUUAACAAGGCACUGAAAAAUGAACUUGACCAUCAUGAAAGGCACUGCAGAAAGUAAUUGGCAGAAAUAUAGCUCUGCUGUGAAAGGGAAACAGUCGGGUAAAGCGGAAAGUUCAGGUUGUACACUGUCAUCAACCAUGUCUAAUAUUGCAUCCUCACCACAGGUAGGACAAUAGCACUACAGUCCAUACCUGAGAGGAUUGUGCUGCACUUGUGGAUACUUUCUCCGAACCAGAAAUAAAUUAGCAUCUUGCUAAUUGAAUCUUGCUGGCAUUUUCCUUGUUGAAUGGAAACAAAGUAUUUAAAUUGCAGGCAACAGGAAUGAUAAUGGAAUAUAACACUUCAAAAAUAAUUCACCUGGAUUCACUGGAGUAAAUGGAUGAAUUGUAUUAUCAGAUUUAAAAGCUAAGUUUGAGUAGUAUAUUUCUUUCUUUCUUUCUUUCUUUCUUUCUUUCUUUCUUUCUUUACCACACAUGAAAAGCUUUUCAUUCUAUUUUGUCUAGUUUCAAAUAAGAUACCAUGAGUGCAAUGGCAAGUUGGUAAAAUUAGAUUUUAUGUAAGAUACUGGAUUUGGGAAUUGUAGGGUUUACCUGGAUUGUUGUUGUUUUUAGUUGCUUUUAGUAUUCCUUUAUUUUUAAGACAAAAUCAAUGAGAGAGAGAUAUACAUAUGGGAAAAGAGGCUGAAUUAAUCCGACAGAUACCUUCUUUGUAUGUAAAGUAGAUCUAUUUUAUCCUGACACUUACUGGUAAUAAAAUGUUUUUCGGGUGGUAAAAAAUGUUGAAACACACAGAGGAUUUCUCUGCAGUCUUUCUAGUCGUUGGGUAUGUUUCACCAAUAUUUUUACACUUGAACACCCAUUAUCUGGUGAAUGUGCCAUUAGGUGAGGACUUGCAUAUGUGAAAGAAAUCAGCCCCCACAGAGCACUGCUUUCUGUUACCUGACAUCCCUUACACACAAUGUUGUGCCCAUCUCCCACUGAGGCAGUUAACCGGUUCAGCUGAAGGACACAGAGGUUUGCGUGAGCCAGUAAUGAGAUGUCAAGUAGUGCCGGUGCCUGAGUGAAUCAGCCCUGAACUAAUGCCCUUUAUAUUUUUACACACAGCAGCACAUACACGCUCAUGCUCUUUAUAAACAAGACUGAAAUGGUUGGGUUGAACUAUUUAAAGGUCAGACCAUUACAGAAAACCAACUGGCCAAGUGGUCAGGCUUUCCACCAUGGAAUUGUUCAGUCUGAGUUGAUGGAAAUCUGGUGAUAUUUUAUUUCUUGCUGCAGAUUCUAGUCUACUUGAGAAAGCCUUUGAUCUCAAGUAAGGUUUCCUGGCAUUUACUUGGCCAACCUGGUGGUGGGUUGGUUGUCUGAACUCAUCCAAACCCACCCUCAGUUUCUGAUUAUGCCGCCUCCUAUGAUUCUUGGCACCAAACCCAUUACUUGCAGCUAAAUAAACAGUAGCAGAUGUCAAAAGCACUCAAGGCUGGUAUUUUUCUCCUACAUAAGUGCUAGUCGCUUAGUGUUAUUCAUGACAUAUUGACUCAUUGCUUUGGCCAGAAUGACAUCUCAAAGCAAAACUGGGCAUGGGAUUGCUUUGGUCAACAGAACUCGAGUUAUUUUUGAAUUCCCUCCUUCCAAACAGUGGUCAAUUAUGUUGCUUAUAAAUGGACCAGGGGUUUAAUCACUGAUAAUUACCCACUAUUUACUUGCCAUCUUUACAUGAACAUCAGGACACCUGCAAACUAUGUGACAAAAAAAUUAAGUUGUUAUUGGUCAUUUUCCCCUUCAUGACGCAUAGGCUAAAAUGAUAAAAGUGUCUCCACAUGUUAACAGUGUAAGCUACUGCAUAAUGAAAAUCACUUUGUUUGACAUUAUAUUCUACCCCAUUUCUUUAAACUAUAGAAGUAACUUAUCCCAGCUAUCAGUAGGUUAGGUAGUUGUUAAUGGAGUUAACUUGGGGGAGGGGGGGCAUGGUGGGGUGUCCCUCACCACAACCCUGUGAGGAAAUAGUCUGAGGGUGAUUGACUGCUCCAAGGUAAGCAAAUGAGCUUUUUGGAUGAGUGAGUAUGAAGACCUGGUUUUCCUGCAUCCAAAUGCAACACUCUAACCACCACACCACACUGGUUCUCCUUUUCUUCAGAUUUGGGAGCUAACCAUUUGGGGAAUAGCCAUAGCUUGCAUACGCAGUACAUUCAGAAGGUUCCAGGUUUAAUCCCUGACAUCUUCAGGUAGUGCUUGGGUAGGGCUGAGAGAGACUCCUGCCUGAAACCCUGGAGAGAACUGCCAGUCAUUGUAGACAGUACUGAGAAACCUGGACCAGUGGUCUGACUUGAUAUAAGGCAGCUUCUUAUGUUUCUGUGUUGAGAAGCGGACACUACUUCACAAUACUUACUUUGCCACACAGAUAUUGGGAGGGAAAUCACCACACAGUGGCUCUUCCAGCUGAAAUACCAGUGCUGUGUGGUUCUACUUCUGUAACACAGACAUUUUCUCAACCAAUGAAGCUUGUUUAUAUAUCUUUAUCUAUAUCUAUAUCUGCAUGCAUAGAGAAACCAGACUUAUUUACCUUGGGACAUGAUUUUUCACUUUGGGCAAGAAAGAAGCUGACCAAAUUCCCAGACCAGUCCAUGGGCCUGAGGAAAGAGACACCAAACCUUGUAGGGAAGAGGUCAUAGCUCAGUGGGAGAGCACAUGACCUGCAUGCCUGGGGUCCAGAGUUCAAUCCACCCUAUCUUCACUUAAAGGAUCUUAAAUGGGCAGAGAUCUCCUUUUUCUAACCUUGAAGAACACUGUUAGUCAGAGCCGACAAACUGGAACUAGAUGGACCAGUCAUCUGAUUCACACUAUAAGACAGCCAUGUAUGUUGAGACAAAAUAAUACACCACAUUACGGCCUGUGAUUCAGUAUAUGGAGCUGAAUAUAGGAAUUGGGAGCGGUGCGUAGCAUAAAAAAAUUAACCAAUACUUUUAAUACUCUGGGUUAUCCUUCUCAUUUAGUUACUACAUGCUGAGACAUAUAUGCUAGGAAAGUGUUACUGUCAUACCAAUGAUAUAUAAUUUUCUUUUCAAAAACGGCUUGAAGGAUUCCCCAAUCCUCCAUAGUUCUUCUCCGAGUCCAUAAUAAACCAUGCACUCUUGACAUGAGCUGCACAAUAACAUGAAUAGAGAGAGAAUUCAAUGAAUCCAGCAGAUGUUUAAUGGUCAACUUCACUGGGAACUCUUUGGCUUCUGAUCUCCCUGAUUCUCAGGAACCAUGUCCUAAUUUUAGUAAAGUCCUUCUGGGUCCAAUGGGCAUAUAACAAACCAAAAUAGCUUGCCUACAAACCUGAGAAGAUUUUUCUGCUGUAUCCUGAACUUUUGAGUAUUUAUUCAAAUGAGUUUUCCAAGCACAGAGGGAUGAGCAGAAUCAGGUUUCAGGCUUGUGGGAUUGGCUUUGUUUUUUUCUAGAAUCCUAGAAUUCACCGACUGGAGCCAGGUACAAAAGACAUACUCUUUGGCUGUGUACACAUUACUGGUGUUUGCUGUGACUCCAGAGCACUCCUACCCCUGGCUUUUGAGUCCGUGUACACAUGGUGUUACCCAUGAUGCAGAGGUAUCCUGCAGUUUCUUGAGAAACAUUGCUGUUUGGUUUGUUUCCACCCAAACCAGCUUCAAUCUGAAAGGAAAAAUAAGCCACAUUCACUUGACAGUUAAGCUGAGGUGUGUACACUUGAGACAGCCAUUACACAUGCCAGAGGUGCCAACUUGCACCAGAGAUUGGGGGGGCCCAGCGAGGUGUGCUUGUGAUGACACAUGUGUGAUGCCACGUCACUGGGAGGAGGCUGAGCAUGGCUCCAAUGGCUGGUGGCUCCUCUCUCAUGUUUGGCCUCCUUCCAUGAUAGGAGGAGGAGGAGGAGCUGGCUACUGAAGCCAUGCCACACUCACCUCUGCACUCAGCUUCCUCUCCCGCUCCCAAAAGAUAUUGGGGGCCCCAAGACAGCUCCACCCAUGAUUUGACGUAAUGCAUACUCUGUUGGUGUAGAUUUUAAUGGCACUUUUAAAAAAGAUAAUCUGCAUAUUAUUAGGUGCUGUAUUGACUGACUUUUACUCUUAGUUCAUAGGAGAUUAUUCACAAAGACCUUUUAAUGCAAGGAUGUGGAAAUUCUGGAGAGUCAUGUGUGCUGCUGUUCCAAAGACUCAUUAUAGACAAAUUUCUCCCUAGAAACAUCAAGAAAAAUUGAAAAUGGCAAGUGAUCAGUCUGCUUGCUAUCACUGCAUGGCCUCCCUUUGUGGAAAGAGAUACGCUACAAAAGAAGACAAUGCUUACUGUGUGAAGUGCUAUGACAGCCUGUUUGCUAACAUCUGUGAAGAAUGCAAGAAGCCCAUUGAAUGCGACUUCAAGGUAAGUGUUGAUUUGUUUCAGAAGCAACACUGUUCCAGUGUUAUUCCAAGCUUUGUGGAAAUAGUACAUAUAGAGAUCAUAGGGGCACAUGUGUUACCCUGCCUUCAAUGUCCCAGUCGGUUCUCCCCGUCCCAAUCCAGGAAAGCCUGAAAGAUAUUUCUAAGAGCAAUCAGCUGAAUGUUCUUAGAAACUUUCCUGCAAUUGGGAAGCCUGCAGUGAUCGUGAGGGUGGGAUCAUAGGCAUGUUCAGCUGAAUGCUGAAAGAACGCUGUACAGAUCUUCCCACAGCCAGGCACCUUUGGCCCAGUUGGGGCCUUCAAAUACCUAAAUAGAGCUACACUUUCCACAUGAAGCAGAGUUCUGGGUGUUUGCUGAAUGCUCAAAAUCAGCAGUUAACUAUAAAAGCAGUUUUAAAAAUUAUUUUAUUUAUUUACUAUUAUGCAGUUACUAGGAAGCAGUCAGGUCCAGGGGUCUGGCCUCAGGCCUGCUACCUUGAAAACUUCAGGAUUCUUCCUCCUAGCAAACUUCAUUUGCUCAUGCCUGCCAUGUUGGAAGUGACAGGAAAGAAGGAAAGGGGCUCCUCAUUUAUUGAAAACCACCCACAGGCUUAAAAAAAUGUUUUAAUUCAACUCAGACAUGAAUCUAUCAUGAUCAACAACUAAUGAUUGUGAGCCAUGAAACUAUGCUCCUUUUCUGACAUAAGUGUGGGGCAGCAGAUGAAGUAGAGACUUUGUUUGGAGGGGUUCUGACUGCUCCUGUGUUGCUUGUGACUCGCCGCUGCCCAAGAUAUAGCACUAGUAUUCAUUCUUGUUAGAUCGGAGAUGAGGUUUGAAUGGUGAACUGACUGAAGUGCUUGUCUACAGAAUAAGGCUGAAGCAUUGAUAUGUACACCAGAUUACCUGCACACAAACACACACACCCAAAUCCAUAGAUCGGUAUAAUGCAUCCAUAGAUAUAGACAGGAAGGAACAAAAACAAGAGAGUAUAUUAUUAUUAGUUGGGUGGAGGGGUAGGUUGUAUGUCUGAGCCUCCUUCUAAUUCCUGGACCCAGCACUGAUUCAAUUCCUGGCAUAGCCAGGCUAGCUUCCUGGUAAAGUACUGGCCCACUAAUUAUGGGCCAUAAGCUAACAAGUAAAGGUAAAGGUAAAGGGACCCCUGACCGUUAGGUCCAGUCGCGGGCGACUCUAGGGUUGCAGCGCUCAUCUCACUUUAUUGGCCGAGGGAGCCAGCGUACAGUUUCCUGGUCAUGUGGCCAGCAUGACUAAGCCACUUCUGGCGAACCAGAGCAGCGCACGGAAUGCCGUUUACCUUCCCACCAGAGCGGUACCUAUUUAUCUACUUGCACUUUGACGUGCUUUCGAACUGCUAGGUUGGCAGGAGCUGGGACUGAGCAACGGGAGCUCACCCCGUCACGGGAAUUCGAACCACUGACCUUCUGAUCGGCAAGCCCUAGGCUCUGUGGUUUAGACAACAGAGUGGCAAAUGGGGGGGGGGCUAUCUCAACUCGCUGGUAUGUAGAAAGACAAAGGCCAGAGGUGAGAGUUGAUUUUUGUAAGCUAGAAGCUACAAGUACGGCUGCAGACAGGGCAGCUGGGAGACAGAACCAUGGAAUCCAAGGCUGUGGCUAUGGGAGAAGCAAGACCCCCUUGGGGUUUUAAUGCUGUGAACCCCUCUGUGUAGGCUCAGGUGGUAUAUAUGUAUAAAUAAAGCACAUAUAAAAUAACACCACAGUCUCCACUGUCCCUCAUUCCAAAGGAAACACGAACCCUGGGUAAGCAUCUGGAACCCCUGGGAUUUUGCACUGCUCAGAGAUUGGGGUGGUGCGCAACAAUAUAACCUGUGACAUUAAACUUCUGCAGAUAUAUGCGGGUUUUUAAUAGUUUGCAGGCUCCCUACAGACCCAAUGGGAUGGGUUUCAUCCAUCAUCUGAAUUCAGCAGCUUAAUAUAGAGAUUUUAAACUGCAUUAACCCUCAGAAUAAUGUCUUCGCUUCUUUAAUAUCUGGGUUUAAAAAGUGGGGGGGGGGGACCCAGUUAGUUGUAUUAUUUUAACAAUUCAUUCCAGAGAGAUUUCCUUUUCUAGCCUGGGCUUAAUUCAACUGAUAAGAUCGAGGGAAACCUUAAAAUAAAUUCCACUGACAAAUAACCAGUGAAAAAUGACUUCCCCUUGGUCUGUAUUACAGACAGCCUCCCCUGUAACUGCUAAGAUUCGCAGGGAAAUAAAUGGCAUUCAUCAUUUUUAUGUAAUAACACUGUCUCCGCAAGCAAGAUAUCUCAAGAAAAGAUGUGUUUGGAUUAAAAUAUUUUAUUCGCCAAAUGACAACUUCAUUUUGUUGUUUAUCUCCUAAUGCCUCCUCACUCAUCACAGAAAUAGCAUCUUAGUGGCAAAUGGGGAUGAUCAAAAGGAAACAAAACUUCACAUCUUUGGGUUUCAUCUUUUCUCUCAGAACUCAGGCAGAACUUUUCAUGAAAACUAUGCACACCACAGUGGGAUGUGUGUAUAGAGAUUUGUUCCUCCUUUAAUUCCUCAUAAAGCACAACUCUGUAUAGGAAAAAUAAGAGUAUAUUAAAUGUAUUGUACACAAAAUAUCACAAAAUAACAUGUACUAAUACUCUGAUUGGUAUGAGAUCUCUCUCUCUACACACACACACAGUUUCUGGUCAAUCUUGAAGUGAUAUAUAUAAUCCUACAAAUUACGGUACUAUUCAAUGUCUCCGCAUCCGAAAGUUCAACUAUAUUGUAUUGAAGUCCAGAGUGUAGAUUCUCUGUGUUAAAUCUUGUAGUUGAAAAACUGUAUGAGGAGGACUCCAACAACGAAAUAUCCAGGUAAAAUCUUGGCAUCCUUCAUCAAGGCAGUCUAAGUACAUUGUUAAAUGAUACAUGACAUGCUGUAAAUGACUCAUAUAAUACAAUCUUAUAUGAACCCCCCCCCCCACCUAAUAUGAUCCAAAAUAUUCAAGUGUUUCACUUACAUAUGCAGGCAACUUAAUGCUCAACAAUUAGGUCAGCUCCCACCUUGCGAGGGCACUCAGCCCCUGGUGAAAUGCUGACUCGGAUACUAAUUCUCCCGGGGUGGAGAUUUAAAGGGACCAUAGCAUUCCAUCACACUCUGGGAUAGCAUACAGUAAAAAUCACAGGAACAACUCACAAGAAACUACAAACUACUCCAAUCCAGACUGAGAUUUAGACCUUUGGGGAUGACUGUAUUCAGAUGGAAAAUCCAUCUGGCUUCCAAUUGCAACAUAACCUUUCUUACAUCUGGUCUGCUGUAUGGGUGUGAUUUAUACACUUAUAUACAUACGUACAUGGGUAUGACGCUCCGUUCUAUACGAAUCAGGAUUUUAGAACGUAUGUCCAGAAUUAGACACAAAAAAUUGGAGGCACCUAUGGUACAAAGCCACAUACAACUCACACUUGUGAGGAGAUAGGCUUUGGGUUCUACAAGACAAUAUACAGCCCAUUUCCCUAGCACAAAUAGAAGAGUCAGUUUUGCCUUUCUUACUCCAUUGACCUGAGAGUGAGUCCCACUGAAUUCAAUUUUGCAGAGACGUGGUUCAGAUUGCAGGCUUUUCCAAACAGUUCCUUUCAUCCUGUGCUAGCUCAGAUAAAGUAUGCAGCUUGAGGGUAGACAAGGAAGAAAAGGUCAGAAAACUUCCUCCGAUGUGGUUAAACUACAGAAUAUUCUGUCGCCCUGCAGGUCAUUUUUGACAAUUAUUCCGAAACCAAUGGCUCAUAGCGCCUUCUGAUUUGAUUGUAUCCAACUGGUGGGGGCGCGGGCACGGGCAGUGUUUAAAGGAAGCACCUGCUUUUUAUUAACAUGCAUUCAUUGUCUCUCAAAGGAUCUUGCUUACAAAGGCUGCCACUGGCAUGAAGCGUGCUUCAAGUGUGCCAAGUGCCAUCAGUCUUUGGUAGAAAAGCCUUUCGCUGCCAAAGAUGAGCUCCUGCUGUGUACAGAGUGUUAUUCUAAUGAGUAUUCAUCAAAGUGCUUCCACUGCAAGAGGACCAUUAUGCCUGGUAAGAUAACAAGGAGCUUUUGCUAACGAAAUAAAUAGGGUCGCAUGGCGGUUUUAAUUAAUUUUGAACACUGGUCUAGAGGAGCUCAAUAGGCAGAAGUACGAUUAAGGUGAAACUCUCUUCUUUAAUCCAAGGGCCUUUUCAGAUGAAUGCUUCAUUUUUACACGUGUUUCACAUUCCUUAUGCAGAGGCCAGUUUGCUAUUUACUGUCCAAUUCACCCACCUGUUGCCAUUUCACCUUUUGCCAUUUCACCCCCCCCCUUUCUUCUUUUAGCUUUUAGGAAUGUGAUUAGGUGAGUUUUAUGGAGAGCUACUUAUGCAGAUCCACAUCGUUUUGUAUGUCUUUUUCCUGAAAGAUUUGCUUCAAAAUGAAAGCUACUUUCCCAGGAGCUGAGCACUCCCCAUUGUACCACUCCAGUGGGAUCCUAAAUAUCCUUAAAUUUAAAAAGGAAAUACACCUUUUUUUCUCCAGAAAUGCUUUUGGGUGUUGUACUAUUCCACUUGUGACACAAAUAGACAUUGGGAUCCCAUAGCCUGGCUGUUUCCUGCGGCAAGGUUUUCUUAUUCGGAAUCGCAAAACCUUCUUUGUGCCUCCAAAACUUUUUUUUUUUUAUAACCUUACAUUCUGGGCAUGCCUUUCAGUCACAGAAUGGAGUCCCAGGGAACCACUGGCAGGUGGAUUCUUUCUCAGCUUUUCUUUUUUUGAGCAGCAUUUUCAAUUACCUCAUGGAGGUCAGUCGAGCCACCCAUCUCACACAUGGCUUGUCGCUCUAUUUUAUAAGACUGAUGCAUUCCCCAUUGCACUUCCUCCAGAAGAAAAGUUGUGGGGGCUCUGGAUCCUAUCCGCCAGCUCUGACAAUUGUGAGUAACAGGUGCUCUGCCACAGUUCUUUAUUCAGCCAGAGCAUAGGCAGCAAUCAGCAAUUCCUGCUAUGCAGAGUGGGAGUACAAAUUCAGGCUUGCAUCUGAGACUGAAAUGUUGUCACUGAAUAAUUCAGACCCAUUCAAAGCCAGGGUGCUGGCCAGGUGUCCCAAAUGGAAAUUUUAAUUAUGUACUAAAUUGCCAGAUUUGCAUCAAAUUUUGCCUAUACCAAAAAUAUUAGACAGAUGCCCUAGUGCAGGGGUAGCCAAGGUGGGGCCCUCUAGAAUGGUUGGUUGCUUAUAAGUCACUUUGGGUUGCCUUGGGCAAGAAAAAGCAACUAAGAAAUUUAAUUAACAACAACAAAACAAUAGAUGUUGUGAACAACUCCUGUCAUCAAAGACCACUUGCCAUGUUGCUGGGGCUGAUGGGAUUUGUAGUCCAAAAACAUCUGGCGAAUACCAUUGACUGUCCCACAGUAGUAGAGCAUGCUAUGAUAAUUAUUUGUAUCAUGUCCCAAAAUAGCCAUUUCUGUGUUACAUAACUAUUUUGUGGUGGUGCUACAAGGUUGCAACUGGAGAGAGUGAAUGUUUUCUAGCAGAUGGGCACUGAAACAUUCUGCUACAUAUAAGCUAUUAUCCAAACAACUGGCCCUAAUUUCUGAUUAUUUUGUCUAAUAACAUGCCAAGUUAUAUGUUCAAGAUAUUGAUUAUCUAUAGAACAAUUCAGAAAUCCGCAAAUCAAUCCACCUUACCAAAAUUAAUAAAUAAAUGUUAACACAUCUGGCAAGAUUUCCUCAGCAUGGGAAACAAGUGUGACAGAUCCAGUAUUUUAAAUUUUAAUACGCUGGACACUAGUAGCAGUCACACAAUUAAAUUAGUCUACUUAAUGUUAAAUCUGUCUAAGCUGUACUUAUGGUCCCUUCUGAAUAAAUUGGAAGACCAAUGUGACUGUGGUGGAAUCUAUGCACAUAUUUUAAAAAAACACUGUGAAAAUGCUUUUUUUUAAAAGUGUUUUGAAAAAUAUAUUGAAUUUGCCAUAAGCUCACCAUCACCAUCUAACGUCACAUUUGUAUAAUGCACUUAAAACACACCUAAGACAUUAUAUUUGCAGCUGUAUAGCUGAGUCCUGUGAGUUGAUUUAGGAAUGGGAUUUGGCAGCUGAAUUUAGAAAACUAUGGUUGAAGGUAUGAAGCACUGAUAGUGAUAGGUAGCUAGUUUCUUUUAAUUCAUGCAGCCUAGUCAGAUGCAAUCAGAAGGGUCACAGAGACAGUGGGCAGUGCAGAGAUGUGAGAGCCAAACUACACGUGAUACCAUAAAGUCUGGCAUAGAACCAUCACUGGAUUUCACAACUUUUCAAAAUUUUAUUGAGGUACCCAUACACCCCCACCAUGAGCCCAGUACCAGCCUCAGGGGAACAUUUAGGUUGGGGGAGCGGUGUAGGCACAAAGGACUAAGACCCUCCAUCUACCCUGUGCCACUUCUCCAGUAAACCCCAGAGAACCCCCACAACUACUAAAAAAAUGCAGGGAGGUUUGGUCUCCUGCAUUCUUUGUUGCUUGGUUCUGAUACAGAGAUGUGAUGGCACCCUUAUUUUUGGCUGCUUGUUUCACAGCAGAGUUUUAUUUCAGAUUAUCGCAUAUAUAUGGCAAUUUUCCUCUACUACUUAUAAUCAACUAAAAAAAAAGAAAAGGAGGAUAAUAGGCUUGCUAAAAAUUGUUUACUGGUACAGGUAAAGUGCAGUGAUGAAAUAAUUUGUAGACCCAACAUGAAGCUAAAAUGGAAUAAUGCAGUGUUGACACUUUCCAGCAUAAGAUACGAGAGUCUUGAAAAGGUGCUCAAUUCACACAAGCACUGGCUAUAGGAGUUUAAUGCUUCCCAGGACUUGGAGCUAAUUAGAACCUCAUUGUUUUCAUUAUACUUACCCUAUAUUCAAUUACCACUUGUACAAAACAGCUAUUUUCCUGAACUGCCUUCCUCCUCUCUGUGUAAAGCUUCCCCUGUGCUGCAAUUUCAAACCAUGCUAUUUCAAGUCCUUGAAGAGGAGGUGUUGGAAAGUCAUGGUUAACUAAUGUCUUUGCAUUUAUUUUCAAUAGUCAAUUGAAAAUAUUUUCCAUUAAGUGUUAUAGUAUUCCAUUUAUGGUAAACUUAGAAAACAGCUCAGGAUUAGAAAAACUAGCUGCAAAAUGUUGCUGAUUUACUUAAGCUCCUGAUUUUUACCUAAAACAUUGCUGUACAGACCAGAAGGGAGACAGGGAUGUCUACACCCAAGGUCUAUUUCUUUAUUUGCUUCCCUACAACAAACUCCAAUUCACUGAAGCUGUCAUCUGUGUGUCUGCUCUCAUCUACACAUGCAUCAUCAUUCGCACAUGUGCAAUGGCUGUCUCAGAUGUACGCACCUCAGUUUAACCAGGGCUUCUGCGGAAAUUGAUUUGAAGGAAAGCACAUCACACCAGAGUAUUUUUCAAGAUGCUGCAGGAGACCUAUGGACUGUGGCUGAUGUCAAGUUUCCUCAGCUUCAAACACCUGUGUUGGUUGUAUACUUGAGGCAGAAUAAAACAGUAAUGCGUACAUAGACUUAGAAGAAAAUUUGUUGAAACAAAUAUGGAAACUGCAGAGACCUCCACAGGUAUUAUUAUGUCUUUCCCUAUCAGACAUAUUAAUACCUUACCUCCCUAUAUCUUAUUUUUAUGUCCUUUGAUUAGUUUUGAGAUGGCCAUUUCACUUUGACAUUAAAACUUGAAUUUAACCAUGAGUUUCUGUGCUUGGCUGAACUGGGGCUGUUGUGCUAUUAUUGAUAAUGAAGAAAUAAUGUCCUAACCAUACUGUUUUAGCACAGUUUUUAAUACAGCAUUCCCAGCCGGCCAAUAAUCUGUCAGGUUUCAUGAUUGGUUUUGCAGGUUCUCGCAAAAUGGAGUUUAAAGGAAGUUGUUGGCACGAAGCUUGCUUUGUUUGCCAGCACUGUCGGCAGCCGCUAGGGACAAAGCCUUUGAUUACCAAGGACAACGACAAUUAUUGUGUGCCUUGUUUUGAGAAGCAAUUUGCUCAGUGUUGUUACUCCUGCAAAAAGGUAAUGAAGCAAAUGAAAAAUACUGGGGCAGUGGGGGUGGAGAGAUAGGUGAUCACAAUGAACUUCACUGUCCAUUCCACAAACAGAGGGUUGUCAUUUGUCCACAAAGGAGAAGCAGACACUCUUGGUGACAGCAGCCACCCUCUGCAAUGCACUCCUUCAGAUAAUUCAGGAGACCAUAAUUACCUUUAAACCCCUCUUCAUAUUAAGCAGUAUAAUGUUUGUUAACAAACCAAAAAAUAUUCUUUCUUACAAUGACCCUGAUGCAAACAUCCUCAGGUUUGAUAGAAUUCACUGCCAAGAGAUGGGAGGAAGCAGAUACUCUGAAUCUGUUUCCAUUGUCAAAAUUACACGCGGUGAACAGGUGCGCAGAAGGUGAAUGCUAAUAGCACCAACAAUGCAUUAAAUGGUGCAUUUUACAUUUCAGGAGCACCUUAUGGGAUACAAGAUGGGUGCGCCCCCCCCAAGUCAUCAUUUAGUGCAGCAUUUCCCAACUUUGGGUCCCAGCCAUCAGACCCAGUGGUGAGGGAUGUUGGAAGUUGUAGUCAACAACAUUGGAGGACACAAGGUUGGGAAAGCCUAAUCUAGGAGGCACAGAUGUGUCAUUAUUGGGAAUAAGUCCCAUUUGACACAAUUAGACUUCUUAAUGGACAACGCGGGUGGCACUGUGGGUAAAACCUCAGCGCCUAGGACUUGCCGAUCGCAUGGUCGGCGGUUCGAAUCCCCGCGGCGGGGUGAGCUCCCGUCGUUCGGUCCCAGCUCCUGCCCACCUAGCAGUUCGAAAGCACCCUUAAGUGCAAGUAGAUAAAUAGGUACCGCUUUAUAGCGGGAAGGUAAACGGCGUUUCCGUGUGCUGCUCUGGUGCCGGUUCGCCGGAGCAGCGUCGUCACGCUGGCCACGUGACUCGGAAGUGUCUGCGGGCAGCGCUGGCUCCCGGCCUCUUAAGUGAGAUGAGCGCACAACCCUAGAGUCUGUCAAGACUGGCCCGUACGGGCAAGGGUACCUUUACCUUUUACCUUUAAUGGACAUAUAUGAGAUUGUACUGUUAGAGAGAUAAUCAUAUGAAGGCUUCAGUCCUAAGACCACUUAUUAGGAAGUGAACUCCAUUGGACACAGUGGGACUUCUGAUUGGCAUACAUUGGAUGGUCUUGAAAGUAUGCUUCAGCUGUCCAUCCACCCAUGCAAUUCCACAAUAUAACACCAAGCCACAGCCCUUCUGUUUAAGUAUACCGUAUUUCUAAAAAUCUCAGUGUUGCAUUUCCUGUCGGCAGUCCAGCAGCCCCUUAUCCAUUUCCCCUUUACAACCAGCAGCUGUUUCUGUAGGAAUAGUCUCAGAGCCAACCCUGUUGGACAUUAGUAAUAAAAAAGAAAAUAAUUCUUCUGAGCAUGUGUAGAGUGCCUUUUCCCCUUGCUACAGAGACCCGGAGUGACAUUUUCCUUGAUCGUGGGGUGACUCCAAAGUACGCUGGAUAUUCAGCAUCUCUCUCUUUUUAUAAAUUAACCAAGGAAGUGUGGUGCUUAUUGACCUUUGGUUUUGUACUUAAUGCCCAAGUUCAGCAUCUGGCUACAAAUGCUCCUUUAUCAUCCAAUAGGUGAUAACUGCUGGCGGUGUGACCUAUCAUGACCAGCCUUGGCACAAAGAAUGCUUUCUGUGUACCGGAUGUGAGAAGCAGCUGGCAGGGCAGCGGUUCAUUUCCAAAGAUGAACACCCCUACUGCCUUGAGUGCUUCAGCAGGCGCUACGCAAAGAAGUGUGUGGCCUGCACCAAGUCUAUUACAGGUAACUGUUGACUAUCCAACUGACAAAAUACAGUCCAUAUUUUGAUGGUCAUUAUGGCAGAAGCAAGCCUCCUAUAUAAUCAUUGGCAGCAUUUGUGCUCCUUAUUGCUGACGGAUGAGCACAGGGUGCUAAAAUUAUUUAUGGUGAAUUGGAGAGCAGUACUAUUACCGCAGGACAUUUAUAUGAUCAUGAGAAAGUGGCCCUGUUGCCACAAUUCUUGAGCUGUAAUGAGAUUCAGGCUCAAACGAAAUGUUACGGUACAUAACAAAAUAUUGGCCACAUCCCUAGUUCCCUCUUUCGUCUCCGUAAGAUCUUGCAUAAUUUAUUUGCUAUCACAGCACCCUGGUUCAUAUCCAAUUCUGCUGUUCUCUGGUGCAUGUAGCAGAAUUUUCCCCCUUCUGCCCUUUCCCCUGCAGCGCCCUGAAUACUCCCAAAAUCUGUCCCAUGAGAUUAGAGGACCCUUUGGAGCAGAUUUUGAAGGUGCUUAGAAGAGAAGGAGCAGAAGUCCCAUUACACAGGCAUAACUCCACGCAAGCAGUGCUGAAUACACUAUUCUAUGUUUAGUGACUCUACCAGUGGUAGUCAACAAUUGGCAGCUGGAAUGGGAAAAUACAGGAUUUUGCAACAUGGAUACAUUGGACUACAUUUUAGGGAGGGGGAGGGAGGGAGAAGCUAUACAGUUGCUGCUCAUAGCUGUCAACUUUUCCCUUUUCUUGCGAGGAAUCCUAUUCGGAAUAAGGGAAUUUCCCUUAAAAAAGGGGGAAAGUUGACAGCUAUGUUGCUGCUGUCAGCAAUGGGUGUCUGCAUGUUGUAUGAACUACAGUGGUACCUCGAGUUACAAACGCUUCAGGUUACAAACUCCACUAACCUGGAGGAAUUAUCUCGAGUUGAGAACCUUGUCCCAGGACUUUCACCCUUUUGGUUUUGUUCUGAUUGUAUUCACUUUAACUGCAAAUAGAUAGAUGAUAGAUAGAUGGAUAGAUAGAUAGAUAGAUAGAUAGAUAGAUAGACAGAUAGGUAGAUAGAUAGAUAGAUAGAUAGAUAGAUAGAUAGAUAGAUAGAUACUAGUGAAAAAACGAUUAAUUCACCCCGGGCCUUUGGGAACUGAAUGGCCAGGGACCCACCAAUUGUAAAUAUUAGAUUGUAAUUUUAGUACACUAGUUGAUGGUUUUAGAUUUUUUUAUGGCACUGUGAAGCAUUUAGUGAUGACGAGAUGAUUUUAAUUAUAUUUCAUGCUGCUCUGGGCUCCCAGUUGGGAGAAGGAGUAAUAUAAAAAUCAAAUGAAUAAACAAACUAAAAAUAAACUCACAAGAUGGUUAUGGAGGAUGAAAAUGAAGAGGAAACUGCCUAUGUUACUCUGAACAUCUUGGGGAAAGGUCAGAUCCAAGAUGAAUUCUUUAGGAGAAGGGCCCAAGUUCAGUGGUCAGGGAUCUGUCUUACAUGCAGAAGGUCCAAGGUUCAAUCCCAAGCAUCUCCAGACAGGGCUUGGAAGGACACCUUGCCUAAAACUCUGGCGAGCCAAUCACUGUAGACAAUAUUGAACCAGAUUGGCCAAUGGCCUGAUUCAGUGUAAGGCAGCUCCCUGAGUUCCCAUUUUCCUGUGAGAAUAGCAACACCAAUGCAGUUACCAUGGUAAGUAAGUGGCGACUCCGAACAUGGCCUUGUUUACAUCCACAUUUUGGGUCAAAGAGUAUGAGUGCAAGAGGAAAGGCAUCUAUUCCCAGCCUCUGAAAAUCAAAAUAACCAACAAAAUACACAACUGUUUCAAGCAAAGCAAAAUCUCAAUGAGUCGUCCUCCCCUUUCCAAUUUCUAGUACACACAAACACAUUAAGCAGCAGCUGGAAUUGUUUUUAAGGGUGCCAUGGUAAGAGUUCACCCACUUCCUGAGCAUGUGAUCUGGGGAAUCCUAGCAUUGCCAGGCAUCCUAUGAAACUCUGGCUGGCAGGUGUGUCUGUUAUUCUCUCUGCAGUGAAAGACCUAGAAGGCAUUUUCUGUGUGUCAUGCUUGAAUCAUUUAGCCUCACCUUCAUAUUCCCAGAAUUGAAGAACAGAUCUUGCCAGAAAUAGAACACUGCUUUCAAGAUUUGUGCUUAAAUGGCUUAUAAUUAAAUGUUUGGCAAACACACGGAGGCUAUUUAAAAGUACUCUAAGACCAUUAGCUGGAUCCUUUUAAAAACAAAUUGAAUGACCUCUUGUCCCAGUUCUGAGGGGUAACACUGCCAAUUAAUUACUGACCCCGUCAUUCAAAGAAAGAAACAAAACUGAUGGGAAAUUCAAUCAGCCAUAACCUUUCUCUCCAUUGUGUAUGUGAGUUCACACACAGCAGACCCUGGAAUUUCUUCUACAGGCAUAAUUAAUUGCAAGCAAUUAAGCACCACCUUUCCACAGCUCCAUAAAAAUGUGCUUUUUAGGCCAAUUUACUUUUAUGUGUUAGAUUUAUAAUUCACAGUAUCCAACAAAUAUGGUGAACUGUUAAAUCCAUAGUAGGAUAAAGCUAUGAGUAUUGAACUAGGUGGGCCUUAGGUCUGAUCCAGUAGGACUCUUCUUAUCUUCUUACGUAUACAAAGCAGUGUGUACCUGUGGAUAUGCAUCCUGAAUUAAAACGGACAAGACAGCUCAGGGAAGCUGGCUUAAAUGUGCACAUUGUUGGUCCCAUAGUGGCCAAUUCUGAAUCUCAGAAAUAUAUACCAUAUUGGCCCGAAUAUAAGCCUCACUUUUCCCCCUGAAUUCCGACCAUGAAAAGUUAAAGCGUGGCUUAAAUUCGUGGCCUUACAAAAAUUGGCUAUUAUGAUAUCGCUGCUGAAACAGUGGUAAAAUGGAAUGGGUAUGAGUGCCUGUGGAAUUUUAAGGGAGCAGCUCAUAUUUGGGCCAAUAUGGCAGCUAUGUCAGCAUCUAUUGUUGUAGUGCAUGUCAAAACAUGGACCCUUCAGUGAAUUGAGGGUGGCCCUAGACACUUUGCUGCCUGAGGUGGAAUUGCAAAUGGUGUUCCCACAACCAGGCCAAGGUGCAUAGUUCCAAAGACCCAUCAAAUUAUUUUGGCGCCAUGAGACAGUGACUCCCAAAAGCAUUGUCUCCAUACCUGGUAGUAAAGAAUACAACAAGAAUAUUACGUAUCUGAUGUUUUGCUGUGUUUUCAUCACAGCAUUUCACCUCACUCUACCUAAUGGUAGGACUGGCCCUGAAUGAAUCACAUGUGUUCAUUGAUCCAAUUUUUCUCCAGUUUCCAUAUAUUAGGAUAACUGAGAGUUUUAUUUAAUCUGGGAGCCCUCAGUGGACAUGACAUAAUAAGUGGUGAGAGAGUCCUAUUUAGAUUUUUAGAUGGAACUAAUUUGCCUCAGUGUAUGGCAGCUUCACUUCAUUUAGCUCAGGUUUUGACAUUUAUUAAAGGAAGAAGGAAGGGACUUUGCUUAUUAGAGCAUAAGUUACUGCCUUUGUGAUCUGCUAAAAGGCACUCACAGCCCCACUUUUCAUCUCCAUGUUUUCUCUUCAUAGCUCUCGGCGAAGCCAAAUUUAUCUCAUUUGAGGAUAGCCAGUGGCACAGUGACUGCUUUAAGUGUGGGAAAUGUUCCAGCUCACUGGUGGGGAAAGGAUUCCUAACCCAGCAGGAUGAGAUCCUCUGCUGCAAGUGCGGGAGCACCGCAUAGCUCACAAGACCUGAAAGCAAACCUUGUUAAUUUCCAUGCGCUUUAAGUAUCACAUGCAUAAUUGCUCAGUGGUCAAAAAUCUGUCUAACAAGUAUAAUUAUUGUUCAGUUGUGCAAAUUGCUUCCUGACAGCAUUUCUGACACAGCUGGCAGGCGUCCCUUUCAUCCUGUAUAACCACUUUAAAUAACAGGGUUUCUGCUAGGAAACAGUUAUAAAGAUAUAUUAACCUGAAAGCAUGUUUGGUUGUUUAACUGAUUGGUUGGUUGGAUGGAUGGUUCCUUGUAGUAGAGUGCACUCUGCUGUUGGGAGUGCAAGAGUGUGCAAGCUUGCAACACAAACCAAUACUGUGCUCAAAUUCUAAUAAAAAGAACAUACAUGACAGCUCUGUUUAAGAAACACCAAAAUGAGAUUUUUUUCCGACAGCACAGUGUUUAUCACUGUCUGCGACCCUUUCUAUGCAUAUGUAGGUCAGCAACGAAGGGUGCUGUCAAACAGUAACAAAGUUGUGUGAGGAAAGUAAU